AUGGCAGACGUUGACGUUCCUGCUGAUAGGAAGGCGUUUGUGCCUCUGGAGAACAAUCCCGAGGUCAUGACCAGCCUGGUUCAUGAAUUGGGCCUCUCCCAAUCUCUUCAGUGGCACGAUGUCUACUCUCUCACCGAACCUAGCCUUUUGGAAUUCCUGCCUCGCCCGGCUCUUGCCCUCCUCCUUGUAUUCCCCGUCACAGAUACAUACGAGAAGUUCCGUGUCCAGGAAGAUUCGUUCAUGGAAGAUUACGCCGGCUCUGGUCCCAAUGAGCCUGUAGUGUGGUUCAAGCAGACAAUUCGCAACGCGUGCGGCCUCAUUGGCUUAUUGCAUGCCAUCACCAACGGGGGUGCCCGAGACUACAUUACACCAGGCAGUGCGCUGGACGAGCUUCUGAACGAGGCCAUCCCUCUUACUGCCAUCGAUCGGGCAGAUCUGCUGUACAACAGCAAAUCCCUUGAGGCUGCCCAUGCCACGGCCGCCGCCAAGGGUGACUCAUCUGCUCCAGACGCUGAGGCUUCUGUGGAUCUGCAUUUUGUGGCCUUUGUCAAGGAUAAAGAAGGAACUCUAUGGGAGUUGGAUGGAAGGAGGAAGGGACCACUGAACAGAGGCAAACUUGGACCAGAGGAUGAUGUACUGAGUGAAAAAGGCCAGGAGCUUGGUGUCAGAUCAUUCCUGAAGAGAGAGGAGCAAGUGGGUGGCGGAGAAUUGAGGUUCAGUGUGGUCAUGUUAGGUCCGAGUUUUGAAUAA